CAUCGCCCUCGACGGUCGCCAUUUUGAGACAGCUUGCCGAAGCCGCCGAACGUCGUCCCGUCUCAACCCCAAACUCUAGCACAAAGAAGUCUGAGUUAGCCGACGAACAGCUCGCUAACCAAGUUACUAUCCGAAAGGAAAGCAAAUCUUAUCGUAUGUCCGCUAUUCAGAACCUCCAAACUUUUGACCCCUUUGCUGAUGCAACUAAGGGUGAUGACCGCAUCCCAGUUGGGACAGAGGACUCCAUCCACAUAAGAAUUCAACAGCGGAACGGCAGAAAGACCCUCACAACUGUCCAGGGCAUCGCCGCAGACUAUGAUAAGAAGAAGCUAGUCAAAGCCUUCAAAAAGAAGUUUGCCUGCAAUGGGACAGUGAUCGAGCACCCAGAGUAUGGUGAAGUGAUCCAACUGCAGGGAGACCAGCGCAAGAAUAUCUGCCAGUUCCUUGUUGAGAUUGACUUGGCAAAGGAAGAGCAGCUCAAAGUCCACGGCUUCUAGAGACGAGCGGCAGCCCCUGCACCUGGAAGACCAUCACUCCCCAUCCCUCUAUGUGCUGCUGUUCCUCUUGCUUCCCCCAGUCCCCCUCCUACCAUGCUGCCCACCAUCUCCUAGCUAAGGGGAACCUUGACCUCUAACAUGGGACUCUGUAACACCACUGCCACCCUUUACCACCAGGGGGCAGAAGUGAUCUGGCGUAGACACACCAUGGUUCAGUGUGACAUCAGGGAUGAAUGGUGAUGAUGGCUACACAUUUCCUCCUUCCUUGUUGCUUUUAUUUUGUUCCUUUUUAGGUCUCUGCCUCAGUAAGAGGCACUACUCGUAACUUUUUUUGUUUUGUACUUUAAGGUGUUUCAAUAAACGAUGAGUCUCCA